AUGGCAAUCACUUUAGUGUUUUACGUACCGACAGUAUUUGGUGAAUCGUUGCCGCCUUAUUUCGUUACGAUGAGAGCCACCGGCUUGUGGACUCCUCUUGUGAUAGCAAUCUUCAUUUAUGUUACUUUGGGCUCAACUUCUGAGUCUACGAAACAUGAAGAAAGGAAGUCAAAGUCUGUUACAACGUUCGUCAGCGCUAAAUGGGAGACUACUCCAAUUGUACUGGAAUUGGCAGAAUACCUCUCUGGGGAGAGCUCUGAUUUGUUUUGGUCCUUUGUGGAUCAGAUAAAUGCCUUAAAAUCUAGUCUGGACAGCCUGGAGACUGACAAAGAAGUAUAUGAUGCAUGUAUAGGAGUUGCCAGCACAUUGCUGGUUCCAGCCCAGUUGCGUAUGGCAAAACUAGCUCUGUCUAUGCAUACAUCCUCUCCAACAGUGCGCAUGUUUGAUCAGAUUUCUACACAAAAUGCGGCUAAAGAAGUGCAAUGUAACACAUUUGUCGCCAUAGCCUCUAGAAGAGUCUGUGAUAAUGAAGCGCUAAGAGAUAUUCUUAAAUCAUAUGAUAAAUAUGAUCCUGAAGACCAUAGGUUGGAAACCUACCUGCUAGAUCAUACUUAUCCAAGUAGUGACAACAAAAGCUUAACAGCCAUCUUGUAUGGUGAGCUUGGUAUGUCAGACUUUGCAACAAAACACAAAAUACUGUCAGCUUAUGCUGACAAAGGUGCCAUUAAUUAUGUAGUAAGAUGGAAUGUUAAGCCACGAGGCCGGCCUAAGCUGCGUUUGUCUGGCUAUGGAGUGGAACUUCAGUUGAAAAGUACAGAGUACAAAAGUCAGGAUGACUCCACUCCAAAAGAGACAGAGGGCGAUGAGCAGACUCCUUCUGUAGAAGAAGAUGAAAAUGACCCUCAGAAUCAAAUAGAUGGGUUUAAUUUUGGCAGACUUAAGAACUUAUUCCCUGCACUGCGUACACCGUUGGAGCGGUUCAGACGCCACCUGUCGGAGUCAAGCGAGGAAUUGGCGCCGCUCAAGGUGUGGCAGAUGCAGGCGCUCAGCAUGCAGGCCGCCGCCGCUGUGGUAGACGCCAACGAUGCGGGCGGCGACGAGUCUCUCAAGGUGCUCACGUCUAUCGCACAGAACUUUCCAAUGCAAACGAAGUCUUUGAUUCACGUGAACGUGCCGCGCUCCUUCCGAGACGAAGUGCUGUACAACCAAGACAUUUGGGCACAGUCCCUGGGCCUCCGCCCUGCCGAGCCGGUAUUGUUGGUCUCCGGGGCGCAGUACGAUGCUGAGGACGUCGACAUAUUGGCCCUUUUAGCAGCCAUAAGGGAAGAUAUCGGACCAAUGAACACGCUCCAUGCUUUAGGUUUAUCCAAGAAACUGAUCAGCAGUCUAAUGUCCCUUGAGCUCGGCGAGUCGUACACUUGGGAAGAGUACGGGUUGGAUGUACGCGACACCGCUAUCACAUGGCUUAACGAUCUAGAGAUGGAUGAAAGAUACCGCCGCUGGCCUUCUUCAUACAUGGAUCUAUUGAGGCCCACAUAUCCCGGUAUGCUAAGGAAUCUCAGGAGGAAUAUAUACAACUACGUAAUCAUCGUAGAUCCUACGUCAUUGCUAUCCGGGCCGCCCCUCAAACUGGGCGAGACGUUGUUGAAACACGCCACCCCCGUCCGCGUGGGUCUCGUACUGGCGCCGGGCAGUAAGGACCCUAAACUGGAGGCGGCGGUCCGUUCAGCAUUCAACUAUGUGGCACAAGAGAAAAAUUCCAACAAGGAGGCUUUCUACUUCCUGACACAGUUACUACAUCCACCGCAAGAAGAGGUCUUAACCAUUGAUCUUGUGAAGAAGCAACUGAAGAAGUACUCUGGCUCUAAUGCCGACUUAGACGACAUAAUAUCAGAUGACUCCGAAUACAACUUCGGCUUUCAACUAGCUGAAGAAUUUGUAUCCAAAAUUGGAUCAAACAAAUAUCCACAGGUACUGAUCAACGGCGUGCCGUUGACAGAGGAAGGCUCAAGCACGGUGACGUCAUCUGUGGAAGUGCUGGAAGAAGCAUUAGUUGGCGCCCUAGCGCGUCACACGGCACGCUUACAGCGCGCCGUAUUCCGCGGGGAACUAUCCGACACAGACGACGCCCUUAACUAUCUGAUGAAGCAGCCACACAUCAUGCCCAGACUUAAUCGUCGCGUGCUCGGAUCAGAGUCGUCGCAAUACUUAGAUUUAUCCGGCGUUCCAUCAUCGAGUGAAUUGUUUACAGAAGACAAAAUACAUCGCGUCAUGCAUUUAAGCGGUCGUGACGCCUUAGCAACAGCUCUGCCUUUAAUGAGGUACUUUACAAAACCGGGUAAGACUGACAAGAUCACGCAAACAAUAUGGGUGGCCGGUGAUUUGAACAAGAAAGAUUCUAGAGAGUUACUCAGGAGCACUUUGACGUUUAUGAGAGAAUCGGGCGGCAUACGAGUCGCUUUCAUACCGAAUGUGGAAGGGAGAUUAGAUGUGGAUCAAUCCUUGAACAAAGUCGUGUUGGCAGCCUUGACUGUGCUGGAACCGGCUAAAGCGACAAAAUAUGUCGCGCAGUUGUUGGACAACGAGGGAUGUCACGAGAGACAAGACUGUGAUGUACUGCCUGAACUUUUGCCCGCCUUGAACAAAUACGAGUGGGUUUUGAAAGCGGCCCGCGUAUUGUGCGCGCGCAGCUUCAAACUUAGACCGAGUGCGCGCGCUCUCAUACACAACGCCAGGAUCAUUGGACCGCUUAAUGAUGGCGAGAAGUUUACUGUAGAGGACUUUAUUCUGCUCGAGAGGUUCACUAACCAAGUUUACGGAGAUAAAUUGUCUGAGACCCUUGGAAAGAAGAAAACUUCAACAAACGAAGUCAGCGAUGAUGAUGAUGACGAUACGGCUACGGAUUUAUCAUGCGACGAGCGUUUGAAAGUGAUAGCGGUGUUAGCGUCGCGCAGCUCUCGCGUUCGCACGCCCUUACCCAGUGGGCUUCGGACCGAACAUUCUUUAGUCGACUUGCCGCCUUUAAUGCAAAACGAGCCUUCCAUAGAGAUAGUAGCCGUGCUAGACCCGGCUUCGAACGCCGCGCAACGAUUAGCGCCUCUCCUAUUAGUUCUGAGAAAAGUGGUCAACUGCCGUGUGAAGUUGUUCCUGAAUCCACAAGAUAAGAACUCUGAUAUGCCGUUAAAGAGUUUCUAUCGUUACGUGUUGGAGCCGGAGCUGCAGUUCACGUCGUCGGGGUCGUUGACCGGCGGCGCUAUAGCUCGAUUCUCGCGACUGCCUCACGCCCCGCUUCUGUCCUUAGAGUUACGCACUCCAGCCAAUUGGCUGGUGGAGUGUGUGAAGUCUGUGUACGAUUUGGACAAUAUUCGCCUCGCUGACGUGGAAACUGUUGUGCAUAGCGAGUUCGAGCUCGAAUACCUGCUAUUAGAAGGCCACGCAUGGGAUACUACUCUGGGCACGCCCCCACGUGGGCUACAAUUGGUCUUGGGCACCCGCGAGAAACCAGAGACUAUGGACACUAUUGUAAUGGCCAACCUCGGGUACUUCCAACUCAAGGCGAACCCUGGUGCUUGGAUCUUGCGUUUGCGACCUGGACGCUCAGAAGAAAUCUACGAGAUCGUUGGCCACGAGAAUACUGACACUCCAGCCGGCAGCGAAGACAUCCAGGUCUUGAUGAGUUCUUUCCGCAGUCACGUGAUCAAGUUGCGAGUGAGCAAGAAACCAGAAAAACAACAUUUGGAAUUAUUGGUUGAGAACGACGAGAAGAAUUCCGGGGGUAUUUGGAACUCUAUUGCUAGUUCUUUUGGUGGUGGUGAGGACCAAGAGUCGCAAGAUGAGAUCAUCAACGUGUUCUCAGUUGCGUCAGGGCAUUUGUACGAGAGAUUCUUACGCAUCAUGAUGCUGUCAGUUCUCAAGCACACCAAGUCGCCGGUCAAGUUCUGGUUCCUCAAGAACUAUCUCAGCCCAUCGCUUAAGGAUAUCUUGCCGUACAUGGCCCAAGAAUACGGAUUCGAAUACGAGCUGGUGCAAUACCAGUGGCCGCGCUGGUUGCAGAGACAACGCGAUCGCCAACGCACCAUCUGGGGGUACAAGAUUCUCUUCCUCGACGUGCUGUUCCCGCUGCACGUUAAGAAGAUCAUAUUUGUCGACGCUGAUCAGAUUGUGCGGGCGGACCUGAAAGAGUUGGUAGAGUUAGAUUUGGGCGGAGCGCCGUACGGAUACACACCGUUUUGCGACAGCAGGAAGGAAAUGGAAGGAUUUAGGUUCUGGAAGCAAGGGUACUGGCGCAACCACCUGCAAGGUCGCAGCUAUCACAUCAGCGCUUUAUACGUGGUCGAUCUGAAGCGGUUCCGCCGCAUCGCUGCCGGCGACCGCCUGCGAGGCCAGUACCAGGCGCUCAGUCAAGACCCCAACAGUUUAUCGAACUUGGAUCAAGAUUUGCCCAACAAUAUGAUACACCAGGUAGCGAUUAAGUCGUUGCCACAAGAGUGGCUGUGGUGUGAAACGUGGUGCGACGAAAACUCCAAAACCUAUGCAAAAACCAUUGAUUUGUGCAAUAACCCCAUGACGAAAGAAGCGAAAUUGUCAGCGGCGAUGCGUAUAGUGCCCGAGUGGCGCGUGUACGACGACGAGGUGAAGGGUCUACAAGCGCGCGUGCGACGCGGACUGUACCAGGCGGCCGACCACGACCAGGAAGUGGACACUGGACAUGACGAAGUAACUGGAGCGAGUGAAAGUGCAAAAAAAGGACACGAGAAGCACACCGAAUUAUGA